UCUCGCUUCUCUCUCUCCCUUUCUCUUUCUCUCUCUCUAUCCCUCUCUCUCUCCCUCCUCCAGCUGUCCUCCAGCGAGUGCAUGAUCGGUGUUGGUGGGCCUGGACAUUAUUUUGGAUGAGGAGAGAAUAUCUUUUUCCCAAAUGCCACAGUGACAUUUCGGCAUGAUCGCUGGAUCUCGGCUGUAGAUUAUCGGCAAAAGAUGACAACAACAUGAAACUAACCUUCCUGCUGGCUGCCUAUCAAAAGCCUCCUGAUGCUAAUAGACUGUUAAUGCCACACAGCGGGAGAGAUUCGCGUGGGCCGCGGAGCGUCUGCCGCCGCGUGUAUCCGUGAAACUCCACUUUUAAAAUCGCAAAAUAAGGAAAAUGCAAUAGUUACUCAGAAGGUGAUAAUUCCCUCUGAGCGUCUGCGCUGCCGAGGGAUGUCAUGCUGUAAUUCUGUGGCAAAACGGAUGAACAAAUGUCUGUUAAACACAACAGUGUAUUAGGUUAAAACUUAGAAAUAUUUCAUCUGCACUAAUAUACAGUGAGUAAAUGGUCUGAAGUAAGCGACACUGUCGACACUGUAAUUCACAUUUCCAUCUUGUUUACGUUUCAUUACUUGUGACUAGCCUGAAGCUGUCAGUCUGUCAGACAGUCAACCCCCUGGUGUGUAAUGACAACCAUCUACACCAGAGAUGUGUCUGAUAUGUUAUUCACCUCAGCCGUGUCCAACACGAGGUCGACAGACGUCCAGGAAACACUGUGUGGAUUAAUAAACCCUGAACUAAUAAAAAACAAACAGAAUUCAAUCAGAAGGAAAAUUCUCUGAAAGGAGAACCUGGACUUAAUCUGCAGAAAAGGGUAGACAGUGGCAUUCACAUGGCAUCAGGAGGCGCAGGAUCACUGUUUGGGUCAGAGACUGGUGUCCCUGAGCUGAGCGGUGACGCUGAAUGUAAACACAACUGGGUUAUUUUAGGUGGAGUUCUAAAAUUGGGAUUCUCAGAGGCUCCAUUUUGCCCCAGUGAUGCUUUUAGCUAGAGCAGGGACCAACAAAUGGUGGCCUGUGGUUCAGACGUGACCCCUGCGAGGUAUUUCAGUGGAACGAACACAGAGCAGAUCAACUUAUUAAAAAAAAUCUCGGAUUUUAUAGUAUUAUUAUUAUUAUUAUUAUUAUUAUUAACUGAGCAUAAUACACAUUUAUUAUUAAAUACUUUCCUUCUUUUGACUCUUCAGAGUCUUGGCCUGAACUUGCAGCUUGUUAGAGAGCAGAUAAAAGUGUAUGUGUUCACAGGCUUUGUUUAGCACCAUAAAAUCCAUCUAAGCUGAAGUUUACACAUGUUUUCACCACAGUAUUGUUAGCCACAGACACAUUACAGCGUCUUCAGGUGGGAUGAUGAGAACUCUCUAGUCCAAAUCAGUCAAAUAACAUAGGGUCGAGUGAUGGGCAGAGAUCACGCCUAAGACAAUCUGGACAGCUGCAGCGCCUGAGGGCAGCUACAGGGUUCCGGGUGGCUGUGCCCAGGAGAAUCAUGGGUAAAGGGCACUAAAGGUCAGAUGGGUAACCUGAAAGAUUCCUGGCUAAGAGGUUUUAGCUUUACCGUGUCAUUAUGUGUGCUUUGCUUACACAGUCAUACACGUCAAAAAACUGGGUGUGAGUGUGUAUGUGUGUGUGUGUGUGUGUGUGUGUUUGUGUGUGUGUGUGUGUGUGUGUGUGUGUGUGUGUGUGUGGCCUUUGCUGUUGCCAAGCAGACCUCAUGCUCCCUGCACUCAUCUCCCCAGACAGCAUCUUGGCUACUCAACCAUAUGGCUUUCCUGACAAGCAGCCAGACCUGCACACACACACACACACACACACACACACACACUCAGCUGAAUAAUGGAUGGAUGGAUGGAUGGAUAGAUAGAUAGAUAGAUAGAUAGAUAGAUAGAUAGAUAGAUAGAUAGAUAGAUAGAUAGAUAGAUAGAUAGAUAGAUAGCCUUAUGCACAUGACAAUGAACUCAUCACUUGUUCUGUAGAUCACAACUUUCUCUCUCCCUGUCUGUCUUUGUCUCUCUCUUGUGAGGUUUCAUAUUGGUACAGCUAAAUUAGAUGUAGUUCUGUCUGUGUGUGUGUAUUAUGUGUAUUGUGUGUGCAUUGUGUGUGUGUGUGUGUAUUGUGUGUCUUGUAUGCGUGUGUGUGUAUUGUGUGUCUAUUGUGUGUGUAUUGUGUGCGUGUGUGUGUAUUGUGUGUGUAUGUGUGUAUUGUGUGUGUGUAUGUGUGUGUGUAUUGUGUGUGUGUGUAUUGUGUGUUUAUGUGAAGGUCCUGUUCAUGCCAUUGUCCAAAUGUGCCUAUGUGUAUAGAGAAUAUGAUGAGACUUUGGAUUGGCUCUGUGUGUGUGUGUGUGUGUGUGUGUGUGUGUGUGUGUGUGUGUGUGUGUGUGUGUGUGUGUGUGUCUGCGUGUGUGUGUGUGUGUGUUCAGGCCAUGAGGGAUCAUGCACAGGACCUGCGAUCAUCCCGUCCCUCUCCGCUCUUCAAACAUGACUUUUGUCCCAUGGCCUGAGGGAUUCCGGGAACAUUUGCACGGGGACAGGAAGCUGUGUGCUCACCCUUUCCUCGAGAUCUACAGGAGUCGGCUAAUCUACUACAUGAGUCCGCUGGCCAGACAGGGAGAUUUCUAUGUACCUGAGGUCCAGAAAGCCCCAAAAAGACAAAUGGAAAGCGAGGAUUCUGAAGAGGACAGGAGGACUGACAUCACAGACUCUCACAGCGAGUGCAGCUCAGUCAGCGGUCUCCAGUCACACAGCAGAGACACGUCUCCAUCUCAGUCGCACUCUCCAUCUGUCCUGCACCACCAGGACAGGGACUCGCUCUCAGACACUGACACAGGCAGCCGGAGGAGCAGAAGGAGCUCCAGCGCUUCAUCCUUCGAGGAGCUGCAGCUGGAAGUGGAGAAGUGCAGGACAUCCGAUGGCCCGGAGCAUCCAGGCCUAGUAGUGGAAGGAGAGGAGUGAUGUUAGGAAUUGGAAAAAAAAAUUGUUAAAGAAGGAUAAGAGAUGCGUUUGUAAGCCUUGGCUUUAUAAACAGGGCGGAAGGUGUUGAUUAGGGGACCUGCAGCUCUGACAGGUGACACAGGGGACACAACACGUAACCUAAAGAUAAUAAUAAUAAUAAUAAUAAUAAUAAUAAUAAUAAUAAUAAUAAUAAUAAUAUCGAAGUAUCCUAGCACCACUUUACUUCAUGAGAGAGAAACUUGUCCCGUAGAAGUUCUGCAACAUCGAUCGUAAAUGGAUAAUAGUAGUCUGAAAUAUUGUUAAUAAAUAUAUUUGUCAGCUUGCUGCGGUACAAGAGGAUAAAAUAAAGGGACGUUUAACGGCGUCUUUGUUUUUACCUGUAAGACUUGAAAACUGCCCAAAAAAAAACAACGACUUAAUGCAGGUAACCUGGAUUCCUUGAAGUUCAUUUCAUAAAGAUCAGAUGUUCAAAUAGUUCUUAUUUAAAGGGAGAUUUCUGUGUUAAGGUAACGGUUUUGAUAUCUUAAGGACUGACAUUUAAACAAUCAUUUGUACUUAUUUAAUUCAUAAACAAAUUAAAAGACCGAAUUGUCGAUCUAAUCCAGCCGACGCUCUUAGGAAAGAUUCUGUUCCCGAGUGUUUCUAACAGAACAAGAUGUUUGUACAGUGUUAAUGUAUUAUUACAGUUUAUUCAUCUUCUCGAUUACAGCCUUGACAUUUGCUUAUCGAAGCCUUUUAGACGAACGUAAUCGAGCUCAGAUUUGAGCACAGGUCAGAUUUUAAUCAUAUAAACUGUUUUCCGAUACUUGAUUAUUUUUUUUUUUUUGCAUUUUUAUAUUUCAACAUUGUCUUAAUGCUGUUUUAAAUGAAUGUUAUUUGGAAUCAUUUGGAGUGUGUGUGUGUGUGUGUGUGUGUGUGUGUGUGUGUGUGUGUGUGUGUGUGUGUGUGUGUGUGUGUUGUAUAACGUUCUAAUUGUUAACGCUCUUAUCAUUAACGAUCGUGCAGCUGUUCAGAAAAGAAGUAAACACCGAGCGAAGACGAUCGCACCAAAGUGAGAACGCUUUGGAUCACAACGAUAAAAAUAUUACCUGCAUUCCACAGUCAGUGUAAAGUUUAUUCAAUAAAUGCUUGUAACACUGCAAGUGUUGUUUGGAAAAGUAAAUAGAAUAUUUCCCAAA